AUGAACGCACCGCCGGACGCGGAGGCGGAGCGCGCGGAGGAGGCGCGCGCGCGAGCGGCGUUCGAGUCGAGUCUGGAGGAGGCGCGGGCGUAUCGGUACGUCUUUGCGGGGGACUUGUUGAGCGGGAACGGGGACUCAUUCGCGUGGAAGUACCUGUCUGACGCCUUGGGGAUGAUAGGUAUCACGCUCGACGCGCCAAAUCUAGUGGGCUCGAGCUCAGAGGAGUUCACGGUUUCGACGGCGUUGGAAACGUUGACGAAGGCGCUCGAGGGUGACGAGCGUCGACCGAUACGCCUGAUCGGAUCGAGCACGGGUGCGUUCGUGGCGGCAAUGUACGCCGAGGCGAAUCCACUGAGAGUGGAUAAGGUUUUUUUACUCUCGCCCACGUGGAACUUGGCGAGCCUUCUAGGCAACUUUGAGAGGCGCUACGGGGUGAAGUUUUCUGAUGCGUUUCGAGCGGACGCCGAGACAUUACCAGGGUUUCCCACAAUUAAGUGUCCGGCGUACGUCGUUCACGGACACGACGACGAAAUUUCGCCAUUGAAGAAUUCCGAGCGUUGGAUGAACAUGGCUUCGCAGUGGACGCGUCAAGAGGGUGACUCGGAAGAGGUUGUUGGGGAGCGAAGACUGCUGGAGGUGCAAGGUCUUGGCCACGGCGUCGAGACUGCACUUCCACAAUCGAUGGGCCGAUUCACUGAAUUUUUCAAACUUCCACGCGUGGAUUUGUAUUUGCGCGAGCAAGAUCCGUGA